AUGAAUGAGGAGCACCCAAGUUUUGGGGACGAAGCAGUUAGGAGUACAGUGCUUGAGAACUCAAACCUGACGCAUGCUUUACCUUCCUUCGACGGCAAUGAAAGCAGCCUGUCCAUGCCAAAGACGGGUUCUGACGAUGCGAGGGAGCUUUUUGAUAUCUCGCCAAUUGUAGCGCUGGAGCUACUAUGCGAAAAUAUUGAUAAACUUGCAAAGUCCGUGGGUGAAUUGGCUUCCAACUUAUUACUGAGACGUGAUUCGGCUUCCGAUAGAACAGCACGGAAGGAAAACGAGCCAAACACGGAUCAAGGCGCGCCGCCGAAACCCACUGAAUUGUAUUCCGUUGGAGUAGCAGAUCAUAUGGGAAUACAAGCACAGGACGAAUACACUCAGCAGAGCAUUUUGGUAAGGAGGUUUCUAUCGAAAAAGGAACCCCCCAUAUCGUUGAAAGAUUAUCUAUUGCGGCUCCACCGGUUUUGUCCGAUGUCUACAGCUGUCUAUCUUGCCACGAGCGUUUACAUCACCAAGAUCGUGGCUAUCGAAAGGAUCCUACCGGUUACUCCGAAAAUUGUUCACCGUCUGGUUCUCGCUGGUCUCCGCGUUGCCGUGAAGGCACUCGAAGACCUUAGCUACUCACAUAGUCGAUUUGCGAAGGUUGGCGGAGUCAGUGCGCGCGAACUUUCUAGACUUGAGAUUGGCUUCUGUUUCCUGGUUGAUUUUGAACUGCGAGUUGAUUCCCAAAUCUUAAUUCACGAAGCAAGAUCGAUACGAAGCAGUACAGGCUCACGCAGGUAUAGCGCUGGCUCUACACAUGAUUCUGCUUGA